AUGAUUCAAAGGCUUAUAAUUUAUCACCAUCGUGUGGAGAAAGACACAGGGGAGCAAUUGUCAGUGGCAGGGCAGAAAUUGAACCAGGAGAUAUCAUGGACUAGGACACAGGGACAGGCUGUCUCCUUCAGCUGCAAAGACAAUGACAAGUGUACAACGUAUGUCUACUGGUACCAGAAGAAAGACGGAGAACCCUUUACCUUGAUUCUCAACAUCCGAAAGGGUAACUGCGCCGUCGAUGCAAGAUACAACCAUCCUCAAAAAGAUGAUUUCUCAUCCGUGAGAAAUAACAGAUGUGAUCUGAAGAUCCAGUCAGUUAAAGUGUCCCAUUCUGCCACCUACUACUGUGCCUGCUGGGGAAUUUUCACUGUGUAUGUACUUGUAUUUGGAUCUGGUACGAAACUUUUUGUGACAGACAACAAUAGUGUACAAAAACCCAAAGUGACGGUCUACCCAACGUCCAACCCUGAGCCGAAUGGGAAGACCACCCUGCUAUGUCUGGCUAGGGACAUGUUUCCAGACUUGGUCAAGAUCUCAUGGAAGAUGGUGGGUGAAAAUGGCCGAACAGUAGAGGUACCCAAAGCAGAGAGGGAAGAGCUGGAGCAGAGGGAGGAAGGACGGACGACCAGUAUGAUCAUCAUUGAUAAAGACAAGACAUACAGGAACAAAUACAGCUGUUCUGUGGAGCAUGAAGGGGGCCCUCAAGAUGUUGACAUACCAGAAGAGGAACCAACUGAAGCUUCUCUAAUCACCGUGGCUGCACCAACCACUUUGCAGGUUACCUAUGAUGAACCAACUGAAGCUCCUCAAACCACCAUAGCUUCACCAACCACUCUGCAGGUUACCAACGAUUCCUUCAAGUCCAUAUGCAGUCUGAACUUGGCCUCUCUGGUUUACACAGUGAUGAUAGUGAAGAGCAUGGUGUACUGCUGUGGGCUCUCUUUCCUGCUGCACUACAGGAACAUGGGAUGUAGACCCAAAACCUGUAGACACAUCCAUUGAAAGGAUAACCCUAUAUAUUGUGUUUCCCUCCUUAAAAUGAAUAUCACAUAAUAUUUACUUUUGAUGAUUGUGGGAGCCACCCACUGCAGACACUUGAAUACGGUUCAGUUUAGGAGAGCAAAUCUUGAUGGUAGAAAUAUGAUUGAAAUAUUGACAGUUUUAUUAAAGUUGCCUUGCUAUAUGUCAUAGCGUCAAAUUACUUUUUUACAAAAUCUGUAUUUGAUUUUUACAAAAAUAUUUACCUAAUUAUCAUAUGUAUUUCUUUAAAUAUAUCGUUAUUAAAUAUAUAUACCCUUGAGUUCUAAAUAUGUAUCAUUAUGCAAAAUAAUAUUUAGUAACUUGUCGUGUGUAAUGAAGUGUAUUUUUUCUCAAGUAAUUAGAGUUUUCUGACAGUAUUUCAUAUCUUCAUUCAUUUUUUUCAUUCAUUUACCAUGAAUAAUAGAAAAUCUAGCUUUUUUUUGCUUUAAAAAACUAAAUGAUGAGUGCUUAUUGAGCAAACAAAUUGAUGAUUUUUUACAUUGAUACAAAGAUGUUGUUUAUUUUUUUUACCUUGAUACAUAUACAGCUUGUAUGAAAAGUGGCAUUUUCCUUGUGUAACACAGCCUUUGUAGUGAGCAAAGUUUCUCAAAAUAACCAUAUCCUUUCAGAUGGGGAUGUGUUUAAUUAUUGCUGCCUUCAUGAAAGAAAAGUUAAAACGAACAUGGUUCUGCAAUGUAUUGUAUAGCCUCCAUUUUGUACAGUUCCGUGCUCUU